UAAUCUACACGGAUGAUUUGUUAAGUUUUAAAAUUCUUUAUUAUUUUAGCAUUGAUAGUAUUCAAUUUCCCAUUUUCUCUUAUGUAAAAAUAUAAUCAUAUUUAUAGUAUCAAAGAACAGAAAUCUCACUUAAAAGCCCCUUUAAUGAUUUUGUGCUCUUUAGGUAGGACAAAUUGAGUUCCUGGAAAAUCAAUGAAAAUUCAUUUAAAAUAAGUAACAUUCAAAUCAAUAUUUAUUGAUUAUCUAAAGAUAAAUGGAGAGAAAGUUAUUUCACACUUUCACAAUUAUAAAACAGUAUUUAAAGAACUACAAAAUAUAUUUACCUUUUAAAAUACACCUAUAAAAUACAAUGUAAUAACAAGUCAAAAUUUCAAACAAUACGAAUAAACGUGUUAUACAAAAUCCCUUAGAAAUUAACAGUAUAAUGGAUAUUUCACAAGUCAAUUUAAUACAUUAUGAGAAUUAUAGAAACUGGAUAUUAUGGCGUAAUUCUACGCUAUUUUUGUUGAUUCUUUGUACUGGUAUUUUUAUAUCCAUUGAUAUUUAUACAAUAUCUGAUAGAAAGUAUAAUAUAGAUUGGAAUAAUUAUGGAAAUGAUGAAUCGUCAGUAAUAAUUAAAAGAACAAUUAAAAAUAUUAUUGAAAAAGACAAAUAUAAAGAUAGUAGUACAGUUGAUUUCAUGAAUGAUCAAUCUAUACAUUGGAAUAUUAAUGAUAAUAAUAAUAAUAAUAAUAAUAAUAAUAAUAAUAAAAUAAAUGAAACUUUAUUAAGAUCUCACUACUCAAAUCCUUAUAGAUUAAAAAACUACAUGAAUAGUAUUACAAAAACAUGUUUAAAUAUGGAAUCUAUUGAUUGGAAUAUGAUGUUAUGGAAAGAUAAAGGAAACUUUUAUAAUGAACAACAUAUACGAUUGGUGAAUAUAAAUGCUAAAGGUGCUCAUCUUUUCAGUGAAGAUCUAAAUCAUUUGAAGAAUCAAAUGUCUUAUAAAAAAGAAGUUACUCAACGAUUUGACAAUCUAAGUUUUCUAUUAGCAUAUCCUUCUGGGAUUAGUGUCCACAUUAAUGUAAAAAAUAUCAGAUUACUGCCAGAAUAUGAAGAUGUUGAACAUUUAGCCAGUGAUAAUGGAAUUGUUAUGGAUCCUUCAAGAAAAUCGAAUAUGCAACAUUGGCGUAAACCACUUGAGAAAAUAAUUAAAACAGCAUGUCGGUAUCCAUUACCUAAACAAUACUAUUUGGCUAUGCAUCCUUAUUUAGAUCGACAUACAACUGCUAGAAGACAUAUAUGCCAACCAAAUAAUGUUAAUUCUCGUUUAUGUCCUGAUAAUUAUCCAAGUGGAUAUAUAUUUUAUGAUCGUUCUAUAAAUGGACAAUGUACACAAAAUCUUCAUAAUGCUAUACUGAUUUCAGAUAAAGCUUCAUAUCUACCUCCUCAAUUAAAUAGUUUUUAUUGUACAAUCAAUUCACCAUUGGUCAAUAAAUUAUUUCAAGAAAACAUAAUAGAAAGUCAAUCUUACUUAAAAGAUAUGCACUGUGAUACACAACGACGUAUUUGUCAAACAUGUUUAAAACAAUCAUGUUUAAAUAGUAAAAUUGAAAUGUUUUCAGAGAUAAAUUUAAAGAAAACUCAAAACAAUUUACUUAGUAAUCAUGGUGAAAUUGAAACUAAUCAUGAUUUUAAUGAAGAAAUAUUCUAUGGAAAUUUAUUACGCGUUAAUACUAUUGAACAAAAUAUUUGGCAAGCUAAUGAUCCUGACUGCUGUGGUAUUAAAUGUUAUUCCAAUCCAAGCUGCCUUGAUUAUUUUGGUUUCCGUUGUGAGAUGUAUACUAGUAGACAUUCGAAUGCAACUGAGAUAUGUUUACAAGGUAAAACAUUAAAAUUUACUUUAAAUCCUGAAUUUGACUUUACCAAUGGAACUUAUAUAUGCCAUGUUCGACAUCGUCCUCCAAAAAUAAUAUACACUAUUGAAACUUGGUUAACUCUUGAAAUUCAAGGUUUAUCAAAGUUAGUAUGGAGUAGUCCUCGUUUAAAAUAUAACAUUCAAUUAAUGAGUAACGGAAAAGUUUCAAGACGUAAAUCAGAUAAAGUGAAUUAUUAUAUUAAAACUCUGGAGCAACGAUUUCUAAAACAUGGUAUUUUGUUGUUAUGGAAUGAGAAUAUUUAUUUAGAACAUAAAACAAGUUUACCUAUAUGGGAUGAGGCAAUUGUUCAUAGGUCUGUUGACAAAGAAAUAUCACUGUUUCACCUGAAGUUUUUGAAAGAUUUUGGAACUGAACCUCCCCCACUUCAAAGACAUAAGGAGGAGAAAUACAUAGUUGUGCAGUUCUCUAAACCAUUUCAGUACAGUACUUCUAAUUGGGGCAAUCAAACAUGUCAAAUCAAUAUAAGUCAUAUUCAUCGUGCACAACCAAUCUAUUCAGAAAACACUAAAGUUUCAAUAGAAACCACAUCCAUUCCACAGAAAACUACAUCAAAUGCAUUCCUGUAUACACUGAAAAAUUCACAAAAAAGAACAACCAUUGAAAUCAAAUCUCAUAUCAAUCAUUCCUUAUUAUACACUGCUGCUUGUUUAAACGGACUAACGUUUACACAAUCCAUACCCAAUGAAUUUAACGAUAAAAUCAAUAUACCAAGUGAUGAAAAAUAUUCCACUGAACAGAUCGGUAGACUGUAUCCAGAACUACAAGUAUCUACUCAAAGAUUGGAAACAAACUGUGAAUUGAACUCAAGUUGGAGAGUAACUAUCACAGUGACAAUUAACUUAUCUGGCUACCCAGGUUCAACUACUACACAUAAAUCAACAUAUAUUCAUUUAAAAUUAUAUAUUGAAUCAUUUAACUCAUUAUCAAAUUUAAAUAAAAAUAGUUUAACUACAAUUGAUCAACAACAAAUUUUAUUUGAAAAAGAUUUAAUUCUAUUAAAUCAUCAAUUGGAUUUCAAUACAAACUAUUCUAAUAAAAAGAAAGUUACAUUUCAAAUUCAAUUUAAUAUUGAAUCUAUUCAAUUACCAAUUGUAUAUACACAUAUAUUUCAAUCAAUAUUAUUAAUUAUUCAUAUUAAAGAUUGUUUUACUGAUUAUUUAUUAAGUACAACAUUAUUGAAAGAACAAAAUAAUAUUCCAUUAUUAAAAUCAAUAAAUGCUUCUCAAAAUCAUACUAUAAUGUUAAAAGAAUAUUUACCAAAUUAUAUAGAAUCAUUACAUGUUUAUAAAAUGCAUUUACCAUUUAUUAUUACAUGUUUAAUUAUUGGUCUUACUUAUAUUAUACUUUUAACUAUAUAUACUAUUUUAAAAAUAUGUCAUGGAUCUAAUAAGUUUCAUACAGAUAAUAGAAUUCAUAAUUCAAUAAGUUAUAUGUUAAAUAAUGAAAUACAAAAGAAACAUUUUUCAUUAUUUUCAGUUUAUUCUACAUCAUUAUUAAAUAAUGAUUAUAAUACAAAUUCACAAUCACAAUUAAUUCGUUUAACAUGUCCUCAAAAAUGUUGUAUUAUGAUUUAUUUAUGUUUUCGUGUAUUUUAUACUUUUUUAUUUACUAUUAGUGUUGGUUUAUCAUUUAUUUUAAGUAUUGAAACUGAUGCUACUGUGGAGUUUACUUCAGCAGUACAUAAUAAUCAUUUUAUUACAAUGAAUACAUUUAAUAAUUAUAAUGGAAAUAUUGGUAGUAGAUUAAGUCUACCAUCAGUAAUGAAUACAAUGACAUUGACAACGGAUAUAGGUAAUAGAUGGCGUGGAGCUAAAGUAUGGGUAUUAGAAGCUGCUAGAAUGGAGGAUUUUUCUCAAACUGAAUUAUUAAGACAGAUCCAAAAAGGGACAAGCCAAAUUUCAGACUGUGGUAAACAUUAUGAAGAUCAUAGUAAACAUUUGUCAAGAUAUAUGAUGUAUAUUAGUAAGAAACUAAUCAGCUGGUUCAGCCAAACCAACACCAACAAUGAACUUAUUAAUCAUAAUGAUAUAAAUGAAAAUUCAAUGAAUUAUCAUUCCGAUAACAAAAUAUUAUAUGAAGAUUCUAUCAGUCAUAUUGAACAUGAAAUGUACAAUAGUAAUAAUAAUAAUAAAUCUACACUUCAAUGGACAUCGAAUGGUGUAAAUAUUCAAAUACCCACUAUAGAACAAGAAACAUGGAAUCAUUUGGAACGUACUAGUUGGUUACCUUAUUUAGAUACAGUUGAUGAUUAUCUAAGAAAGACAAGGGAUGAUCUGGAUACGAAAGUUAUUGACUACUGGGCACCAUAUGAUCAACUUUUGGCUAAUCUUCUUACAAACCCAUGGCUUGCACCAGCAUAUAGAGCAUUAAAUACAUCAUGGUUGCAAGAGAGGCGUAUAUCAUUUAUGGAUCGAACGUAUUUUGGUUUAGUAUCAAGUGAUUUUGACUCGGAAGAUGAGAAUCAAUCGUCAAAUGAUUUAACCGCUUUAAAUGGUGCCAAAGAAACACAAUCUUUAAUGCUAGCAAAUUUUAUUGGUGUUCCACAACCUGCACAUGCUCGUUUGGCUGGUACAAGAAUUUGGAAUAGUUUUCGUAAUCUAGUUCCAGGUUUGCCGAGCAAAUUCUAUUAUAAAUUAGAACCAAGUUCAUUAUCGUCAUCAUUUUCGUCAUCAGUUCUAAAUAAAGAUGUUGAAUUUCGAAGAAAGCCAAAAUUGUAUCAUGAUCAUCGGCAAAUGUUAUCCAGUGAAGAUUGGUAUCAUAUUCCAAGUGGACAGUUGGAUUUAGAUGAAAAACUGAAUGUUGACUCAUUUACUGAUUUAAAUACACAAUUCUAUCCGUUUGCAACAACUGUUACGAAACGAAAUGGAAAUCCUUCAACAAUUGAUUCAAAUUCUUAUUUUUUAACAUUGACACAAGUUCGAUUAUUAUUAUUGUUAUUAGAUGCUAUUAUUAUAUUGUCUAGAUGUUUUCAAACAUUUGAAUUUAUGCAUAAUAUUUGGUUUGGUGAUAUAAAAUUAAUUAAUGCCAAUCAUUUAAUUCAUGAUAUAAAUGAUAAUUCACAAAUAAUGAUUGAUUCAUUUGAUCAUUCUAUGCAUCAUCAUUCACAACAAACACAACAAAUACAUGGUACUUAUAAUUCUAAUUAUCAUUAUCAACCUCAAAUUCAAAUAAGAUCACCUAGACAUAUACAAUUAUCUAUAGGAUCUACACCAUUCUUACAUCCUGCAUCAUGCUCAUCAAAUUUACAUGAAUCAAAUCAUCAUUCAAUCUCUAAUGAGUUCCCUACAUCAAUAAGCACAAAUCACAAUGAAGCAUUGAUUGCCAAUCAAACUAUUCGUGUAAGUGAAUAUGAAAGAAAAUCUUCUACAGGGAUUAAAAUAACUCAAAACGAUCCACCAACAUUAAAUUUUGACAAUGGAACUGGACGUUUUACAGCUUGCUACUGUUGUCUCGAUGCUCAUUAUUUGCUAGUGAUAACUGGUAUUGGCUUAUUAUUUAUUGGACUAGUUUUAAUUUGGGCUACUGAUAGACAUGUUCGACCAGGAUGGCUUUUAGCAAAAACCGGUGUAUUAGCUCGAUCACGAGCACUUGAAGACUGUAGACAAAGAACAAAUGCUAUCUUGAAAACCAUUCAACCGAAUCAUAUAAAUAUGGAUUUGGUAAGAUCCGCUAAAAUUAAUGCGGCUAAAGAAGCUCAUUGGAUUAAUCAAUUGACUAAUAGACUGGAGCAUGUACAAACACAGAUACAAUUACAGUUUAUCACAGAAUUAUGUUUACUGCAAAAAGGUUUGGUAAAUCAUUAUUAUGUCUUAGAUCAACAUGCUGUGAGAAUCCAUGUACCAGAGAUAACGGAUACGAAUUCAACAUUUUCAGCUUGUGAAUUAAUUGGUCCUAAUUUUCAGUUUACUGAACAAGCAUUAUUGAUUUUAUCCAACUGGAAGUUAGAUCCGCUAACAAAUAAACAAAUUAAACAUACACUAAAAACUCCAGUAUGUCAUUUCUCCCCAGUUGUUCCUGCUACUUAUGCUGAAAGUCAUCUAUCACGUUUAUUAAGAAUGACUAGUUUAAACGAACAACCACUUCAAAUGAAUAAUAAUAAAAAAACUAAUGAACAAAUUACCUCAUAUAAUAAUCAAACAGAAUCAAACAUUCAACUUGAAGGAAAUCAAUUAGAUUUUAACUAUGAACAACUUACCACAUCAAUUGGAAGUCUGUCAACUUUGAUUAAUGCUAUAUAUCGUUUAUUAUUAACUAGUUUGACAGUAAUGAUGUCUAUGGGUGGAUUAUUAGUCUGUUUGCAUAUGAUUUCAAUUUUAGGACGUAUAAUAAUACGAAUUCCAGUACGUAAGAUUUAUUACACCACCGUCUACCCUCCUUGUACAUCUAUGAACAAUCCAUCUUCUUCACCUACUGUCUACCAAUCACGCAGUCAACAUUCAUGA